CCGGACUGCACAUCCACAAAACCCAGAAGAAAGUUAAAAUGACAGAUAUUCGGUAUGAUCCAUCUACUGAAGAACCCAGUAAAGAAGAUUGAUUGAGAAGCUGAAUUGUUAUUAAGUUUUUGUAAGAUAUGCACCCUGCUGAACACACAAGUUUUCAAAGGCAAUCARACAUACGCACCAAUGGAUGAGCAAGACAAUCCACACGUACGAGGCUAAAGAUUUGGUUCUGUAUCUCUUUAUUGAAAUUACAUCGUAAACGGAGAACUUAAAUACAAAUUAUUUUUUCGACAUCGGGACGUAAAAAUGGGCUGUUCCCCAUCCAAGGGUCASCAUUUCCCAGGGGUCGCAGAUGGGAUCCACAAGGCUCCGCUGCCAGGACCACCAACGUUGGGUGACAUCAAGCCUGUUGAGGGAGAAAACCAAGRUAUUGACGAUAUGGAUAUUGACAAAGAAUUAGAGGAAUUCUCAUUAUCAGCGGUGAAUCCUAUGGCCCCUCUGGGCAAAGUGGCUGACAUGGCCCCCAACACAGCCGUUGUGUCAAACCCAGGGGCUGUCUCUGAAAUYGUGGUCAAAAUGACGUCUCAGGUGAGAGACAUACAGAGUGAGAAAUUACUGGAAAAGCAGGYGAAAAAGGUAGAGAAGCGAAGGAAAAAUAAGGGCGUCAAACAGGGUCGCCGAAAAGAAAAGGAGAUAAAUACCUCCAUCAUGCAGGGAAAGGUGGACCUCCCCAUGCACAUGGUGAGAGCUCACCAGGCCGCCUACAAAUACCUGAACCCCAACAUCUCCAAGUGUGAGACCCUGCUGGAGAUGCUGGACCAGGUCGCCCAGACCCACCUCUCCCUGCAGCCCAUGAUAACAGUCAUUGUAAUGCGCUUCGAGGAGGUCAACCAGGCCCUAGAGGAGAUGGCUGAUGAUGGCGAGCUGAUGCUGAAGGAACAUGGCAACCACAUGGCCUGGCCCUCCAAGACAAGGGCCCCAGCUCCCAUCCCUGCCAAGCCCAGUGCUGACCCAUCAGAACCCCCGCCAGACCUGCUGCAGCAGCUGCUCCAGCAUUCCACUGAAAAGUUUAAGCUGGUGGGGAGCUCGGUCCAAGCCCUGGGAGACACCGCACUGGAAGAUGCGGCAGACUACUUUGCCUCUCUAUCUAAACUACUGGGCAAGAGGCUGCAGGCCAAGCGAGCGGUAGAGGAGCGUCUGCGCCAGGUGCUGGCACGCGUGGAGGCAGCCGCCAAGUGCAACCUUGAUGACUUGUCUCUUCACAGCGAGGACAGCGGCAUUGGGGGAGAGAACGAGUCGCUGACGGGAUCAGAGCGUCACCGUCGCCAACGGGGGAGUUCUGGGUCCAGUAGCAGUGCUCGCCCCACACCCCUAAGCCAUUCACCUGUCAAGGUAUGCCUUAAUAAAGGUGAGGAGGAGGAAGAAAAUGAGGAAGUGGAUGAUGAUGAUGAAGAGGAGGAUGAAGAGGAAGAGAGGUCAGGGAGAAUGCGGUCCAACUCUUCCUCGUCAGACCCCAUUGAGACCCCCAAGCGCAGUGAGAGGCAGCCACCCAAACAACCCCAGACCGCUGCCCCCUUGGGCAAGCCAGUGAGACCGCCACACUCACAGUCCAUAGAAACUUUCGAUAUUCAGGAGCUGCAACAGAAAGAUCUGGACCAGCGGAUGGGAGACGACACUCUGAGGAGACACUCUUCAGGAAGGAAGAAGGUUUCUAGAUAUGAACUCAAAGGGUCCAUGAAGGCAAACCAAACACCAACUUCUCUACCAGCGAUAGCACCACAACCCCCUGGCCGCAACUCCGUCAAAAGACUCAUAAACACAUUCAGUGGUGGGACGGAUGUUAGACAAGUCCAAAGUCUCACUAGUGCACACCUUAGGGGGUCUAGGAGGAGUGGAACUCSAGGUCCUCCCUGGCCAGUGGAAGGCAGGGAGGACCUAGACGUGGACUACCUGCCCCCACCUCCCCCUGAGGUCCUGAUGGACAACUCCUAUGAGAGCAACGAGGAGAACCCGGGUKAUCAGGAAGGGGAAGAGGAGGACAUCACCAGUAGUGGCCACCCUGUGCCAYGCCAAACAAGCACCACCUGUCAGCGCCUGAGGGCCUCGUUGCAGACCAUGACGGUUCUGCCCAACCGUGGCAGUGUCGGACCAAUCAGGCAGGAUACCGUGGUGAGGGGAGAUCAUCAGGCCACAUCGCUAUACAGUCAGGCCUGCAAGAUCAUCCACCUGCGCAAUGCAGCUGAAUCUCCACCUACGAGACCUGAUCAGGGGGUCCGAGGACCCCUUAGUGCUGGGGUGAGCCUCAGGCAAGGAAGCAGCAACCACUAUGAGGGGGAGUAUUACCCCACCAGCAUGCCACCAACCAUCCCAACAGUCUCCAGAGUUCGCCUACCACCCUCUUGUCCCUCUACGCACCAAGAACUACCAAUCCCCCCUGCUUUUGCACAGCCUAAUCCACCUUCACGUCCAUCCUCACCCCGGGUCCUGAGAUUGAGCACAGAGAAGAGUGGUGAAGAAGACAUGUCGCCCUCAGUGUCCUUCAAUGAUGCCCGAUCGGUGUUCUGUCAAAAUAGCCAAUGGAACUCCCAGAUCUGGACCCCCUCCUGUAGCUCUACGCUACCCAGGCCCUAUGGUGAGCCCUCUCGGGGCAGGCUGUCAACACGAGGGUCCCAGACUGUCAGUAGGCGCAGCCAGUCUGACCAGAGACCCAGCCUGAUGACACAACGAGACGAGUCCCUUGUCCCAGGCACAUCACAGGCCAGGACUGGAGGAAGUGAGUCAAAUAUCACCAAUAACAGUGAGAGGAUGGUCAAGGGUCUUGUGACGGAAGGGGAGAACCAAUCAGAUCCAAGUGAUGUUGCUCCUACUGACUUGAAUCCUGAGCAGUAGUUCAUGGCAGCCUGCCAGGGCAGAAUCUACCGAGCGAAUUAGAGGGUGAGGAUUGAGCAUAGAAAGGGAUUAUGGAUUAGGACUCUGAAAGCUAGAGUCUUUCCAUUUUUCUGUCUCUUCUAAUGAGAGGAGAAUAGGUUUAUUCUAAGAAAGUGUGUUAGGUUGCAACGGAGAAAAAUAUUAAAUACAUGUGUUGGUUCUAAAACUUCCUCUGAUAUCUUAAGUUUUACAGUAAAUACUGAAAACGUUAUUCCAACAACAAUAAA